GGAUUUCACCCCCUAGUAACCCACCGAGGCUCCUUAAACUUUGCUAAAACCUCUGCGGGUCUCUCUCUUUCUCUCUCUCUGAUCAUCCACCUCGCGAUAGCUGCGAAAUCUGCUAGCUUAAUCUUCUCUGGUUCUUGAACCCCACCUCCCGAUUCCCGUCGGCCCUGUUCUUGAAUUUGGGUGUCGUGUCGGUUUGUGGGUUCUGAUCAGAUGGGCAGUCGGAGGAGGAACGCGGGGGAGAUCCGCAUUCAAGAUCCUCAGAAUCAGAGGGCAAGAUCGUUUAACAGGAAACCGCCUCUUGGCAGUAGGCAGCCCUCGGUACCUUCAUGGGAGAAGCAGUUCUGCCGCUCAGUUGGCUCGGUCCCGUGGAAGAAGCUUCUGGAAACCAAGAGGGUCAUGUACUUAUACGACAACGUAGUCAAGUGGAAUGAUUCUGCUGGUGAAGAGGCAUUCUGCAAUGCAAAGAAGCGGUUCUAUGCAGAGAUCAAUGGCCUUCCAUGUGAUAUAUCCCUGCCUGAUCCUGAUAAAUAUAUCGACAAGAUAGAUUGGAAUACUGAUGUUGACCCCAGGCUUCUCUUGGAGCUGGAGUGUGGGCGGGUCGGAAACAUGGAUGAGGAAGACAGAAGCGGGGAGGUCAUUUUCGGGGACGUGCUGUUGAACCAGACGUUUGGGUGCACAGGAUGGGGUGACACCGAGGAGGCAUUCCAGAAGAUUGCCAACAAGUUGUGCCCGGCUCCUGAGUUUAGGAACGCUGACCUGAAUACUGAUGGAAUGAAGAACUCUUGGGAACAGUGUUCUCCCCCGAGCAACAUUCCCGAUAAAGCCAGUGGCUGGGACAACCAUUGGAAUGAUAAUCGCUGGAAUGACAACAGUUGGAAUGAUGAUCACUGGAAUAACAACAAUUGGAACGACAAUCACUGGAAUGACAACUAUUGGAACAGCAAUGACUGGAACAACGAUGAGGGGAACGACAAUCACUGGAAUGACUGCAAGUGGAACAACUGGAACAGCAACCAUCGUCAAGUGGGAAAUGCUGGAGAUCAGGAAGGAAUGUGGGAUUGGAAUAAUCGGCGCAAGAGAGAGGUCAGUGGUGGCUACAUGUCCAGGUAUAAGAUAUCAAGAUUCCAUGGCGGCGACAGUCACACACAUCGCAGAUGGAGGAAUGCAAGAGGAAUGAGGAGGGAUAACUUGGCGUAUCAGCAGUCACCAUGGAUUGGGACCCAUUAAUCGGGUUCGUCAUGGAGUCCAUCCGAUCUGGAUGGAGCGGCGAGGGAGCUGGGAUUCAACGAUCAUUUUUUGUAGUAAGUUGUCGUGGCAUUAAUACAUACAUGUAGGAAACAAACAUAAGAAGGCUGUUAUGGAAUAUGCUGCUAUGGUUCGGUAGUACAUAUAUAGUUAAAUGCCACCAUGGUAGUGAAGAGGGAUGCGAGUCUUUGUAUAGAAGAUUGGUUAAGCGUGAAAUUGUCAUUUGUUUGCUUGGAUAAGUAUUUCGACUCUUAUAUGCUAUCGAUGGAAGUAAAACAAAAAAAAAAAAAGCCCAGCUGUUCACUUUCUUGCC